UGUUCGGCGCCGAAGCCCAGCCCAGGACGCGGCGACGGGGCGGGCGGCGCUCCUCCGUCCCCUCGGCGGGCCGAGCGAGCAGCCAACCAGAUGGGGCGAGCGCGGCGCUGAGGCCGGAGCCCAGCUCGCCAGACAAAGGCGGCGGCGGCGGCACCCGCGCUCCUCCGGCCAUGGCAGUGGCCGGGUGGCGGCCGCAGCAGCAGCCCCAGCCAGGGGCGCGCGGCGCGUAGGGGCGAGCCGGGCCGGGGGUCGGCCAGGGCCGAGCGGAGCGCGGACGGAGAUUCGUCGUGCGGCCGGCGGCGGACCGAGAGAACGCAGCGCCCAGCAUGGGAGGCUGCUGGCGCUGGUCGCUGGCGGUGCUGCUGCUGCCGCUGGUGCUGCUGCGGGGGGCGUCGGCGGAGCGAGCCCCGGACGAGGUGGACGCCGAGGCCUGGCUGCAGUCCUAUGGCUACCUCUCCCAGUCCAGCCGCCAGAUGUCGACUCUGCGCUCGGCUCAGCUCUUCUCCGCGGCCGUCUCGGAGAUGCAGAGUUUCUAUGGCAUCACAGUCACAGGCGUCCUGGAUGAAGAGACCAAAGCGUGGAUGAAGCGGCCUCGCUGCGGAGUGCCCGAUAAGAUUGGCACUCAGGUCAAAGCCAACAUGCGGCGGAAACGGUACGCGCUGACUGGGCGGAAGUGGAGUCAGACUCACCUGAGCUUCAGCAUCCAAAACUACACGGAGAAGUUGGGGCGCUACCACUCCCAUGACGCCAUCCGCCAGGCGUUCCAGGUGUGGGGUCAGGCGACCCCGCUGGUCUUCCAGGAGAUCCCGUAUGACGAAAUCGGGCAGAAGAGGAGGAAGGAAGCUGACAUCAUGGUCCUCUUUGCCUCGGGAUUCCAUGGGGACAGCUCCCCUUUUGACGGGGCCGGGGGCUUUCUGGCACAUGCGUACUUCCCGGGUUCUGGCAUGGGAGGAGAUGCGCACUUUGACUUGGAAGAGCCGUGGACGCUUGAGAAUGCAGAUGUGUCUGGGCAUAGCUCAGUGAGGAGCCGCUCACGCCUCUCCCCGCAUCUGGUUCUGCAAGUGUUGAGCGGGAACAACCUCUUCCUGGUGGCCAUCCAUGAGCUGGGCCACUCCCUGGGCCUGGAGCAUUCCAGCAACCCCACUGCUAUCAUGGCUCCUUUCUACCAGUGGAUGGACACGGAGAACUUCCAGUUGCCGGAAGACGAUCUUCGGGGCAUCCAGCAGCUGUAUGGUACCCCGGGGAAGCUGCCUCAGCCCACCAAGCCCUUCCCGACCGUGGGGCCCAGGAAACCAGACCGCAGGCCCCCCAGGCCCCCGCCUCCCGGCAAGCCCAACCAGCCCCCCAGGCCGGGGAACCCUGACCAGUACGAACCCAACAUCUGUGAUGGGGACUUUGACACAGUGACCAUGCUGCGUGGAGAGAUGUUUGUGUUCAAGGGGCUCUGGUUCUGGCGGGUUCGCCAUAACCGGGUGCUGGACAACUACCCGAUGCCCAUUGGGCACUUCUGGAGGGGCCUCCCAGGGAACAUCGAUGCCGCCUACGAGAGGCAGGACGGGCGCUUUGUGUUCUUCAGAGGCGACCAGUACUGGCUUUUCCGGGAGGCAAACCUAGAACCGGGAUACCCGCAGCCUCUGACCAGCUAUGGACUAGGCAUCCCUUACGACAAGGUGGACACGGCCAUUUGGUGGGAGCCCACAGGGCACACCUUCUUCUUCAGAGGGGACAGGUAUUGGCGCUUUAAUGAGGAGAGCCAGAGGGCGGAUGCCGGCUACCCACGGAAAAUCGGGGUGUGGGCCGGCGUCCCCUCCACCCCCAAGGGAGCCUUUCUCAGCCCUGAUGCAACCUACACCUAUUUCUACAAAGGCGCGCUGUAUUGGAAGUUCAACAACGAGCAGCUGAAAACGGAGCCGGGCUACCCCAAGUCGAUCCUGCGGGACUUCAUGGGAUGCCACAAGGAGGUGGCCCGGAAUCCCGGCAUUGGUCCCAAGAGGCCUAAUCUAGGCAAGCCGACUGCAGCCUCCCGUCCGGACAGCACAGGGCAGGAGGAGGAGGAGGAAGACGUGCUGCAGGAGGAGGAGGAGGAGGAGGAGGAGGUCCAUGUGGAUGCUCGCCCGGGGGAGGGGGGCGAGGAGGAUGCCGACUACAGGGGGGGCGGGGACAGCGGCAGGGACUCUGGCCGUGGCCGUGGCCGUGACGGCAGCAGCGAUGCGGACAUUGUGGUACACAUCAACGACUACCCCCUGAGCAUGAGCAUCGCCAUGGUGGCGGUGCUGCUGGUCCUGGUCCUCUGCAUCCUGGGCCUCAUCUACACCAUCGUGCAGCUCCAGCGGAAGGGCCCUCCCCGCAUGCUGCUCUACUGCAAGCGCUCCCUGCAGGAGUGGGUCUGAAGCCGGAGUGCCACCAGACUGGCACGCCUGAUGCUCCGCUCUCACCCUGCCCUCUCCAAGCGGGUGGGCUGGCGAAGGGCACUGGAGCCCAGGGGAGCACUGCCUCCUGGGCUUGGGAGGAGGAGGAGGAGCCGCCGUGGGUCUCUGGGCCUGGCUCGCCGCUGCAUCUCCCCAGUCCAAAGCAGACCAUGUGGCUUCCUCCCGGGAGGGUUUUGUGCCCACACCUUUGUGCCUCAGGGAGGUCCAGGCUCUCCUCGGGCACCACGGAGGGCUGGUCUCUCACGUGCUGUGGACUCGGCCUGAUCCUCUGGCAGAGUCCCCAGUUUGGGGGUGUGUGGCUUUCUCCAGCUGCUGGAGGUUAAUCCUGUGGAUCUUCUCCUCCAUUCUGGGACUGGGUUCAUGCAAGCCUAGGUCGGGGUCACCGUGCCAGGCCUGAAAACGGACUGGCCAGGAUGGAGCUGCUUCACCGUUGGGGAUCUGUGCCCUCUCUCUGCAUGUGCUUUCCACACUGUGUCCUGGUGUCUGUCUGGUGCUGCCUGUCGCAGACUCGGCGGGGGGCUUUCUGGGCUCCAACCGCAACGUGCCGCCUCCCCCCUCCAAACCGGCACACAAUGCAGAGGCUUGUUCCAGCCGCCGCCGUGGGUGGGGUGCCGUAGGCUCUGGAUGCCAUCUGUUCAGAAACUGGCAUCCCAAAAAGCCUGACUUUCUUUUUGUUUAAGAACAAAACACCCCAGCCUCUUUGGCCGCAGAGCAAAAUUUGGGAAAUGUUUCUACUGUAGUUCCUGCUCCUGCUGAAAUCUCUGAAGCCAGAAGGGCUCUUCAGAGGUGGGGGCCCUGCACAGCUCUCCGCCUCCCCUCCCUUCCCACCCUGUGUGACUGCUGACCCUCACUCCCCUCUCCCCACCUUCCCGAUAUCUGCCGGUUUCUGUCCCCCUGGUGCGGCAUUCAGGGCCCCAGAGGCGGGGGGGGGCACUGCUGUGCACUCUGCCUGUGUGGGGGAGUGACUCUUCUUUGGUCCUGCCCUGCGUGGGGUGGUCCAUCUGGCCAGGGCCCUGGUGGUGGCCAGAGGGAGAUGGCCAGUGGCCGCCUCUUAGGAGCCUGUCCCUGGAGUUGCUUGCCGUCUGUGCCAGUGGCCAGACAUUGCCAGGGGAGACUGGAGGGCCGAGGCUGCUUGUUGCUACUUGGGGCAGAGGAGAGGGGAUUCCGCGCUCCGGAGGAGGAGGAGCCCGGCCUGGCUUGUGCCACAUGUGGAGGGCGUGGCCAUUGGGCCAGCCCCCUUCCUCUCCCACCGGUGAUUCGCUCGACUGUGUCCGCCUCUCAGGGAUGCCGUUUGUCAACCUGCCACCGCUGGGCCAUCCACAGGCCACCUGUGUGUGCCAUUCGCGCCACAAAUGUGCAUUCUCUGGCCAUGGGGACUGCGCACGCGCAUCUUCCCGAGAGUAGAGAUGUGCUGUUCGAAUUGCUGUCCACACUCUUGGGGCGCAGCUGGGAGGCUGCAGGCCCAGGGGAGGCCGAGAAGAACUGGGUGGGGCGCCUGUUGCUGCUCGGCCUCGUCCAUUCCUGCGUGUUCACCCUUCUUCAGGGCCGGCUUGUAGCCCUCCUCUGUGUGGGCCACAGCAGCUGGGCCUGGGGGGCUGCCUGGCCUCCCAGUGUGGCUCCUCCCUUGCCCAGAACUCCCUCCUUGCAACAGCUGGAUGGAGCAGCUGUAUGCCAAACAGUGGCAGGAAAGGCCCAGGCUGCACGCUGUGGAAUGCCUCCGGCCAGCCUUUUGGGGGUUGUGGCUGGUGUUUUGUUCUGGCGUGUGCUGAAUUCGGCACCAAGGGGAACUGAAUUCCGUCACUUGUAUAUAUGUUGUGCAAAACGAUUCUUUCUCCUCGUUUGAUCACUUUAUUCUGUUUCUGCUAAUCCUGAAGAGGGUCCAGGAGCUAAGCCCCCGCCCUGCCCCCCCCCCCCCCCGCGCUGGAAAUCUAAUUCCGUUGUUUUCCGGGCUACACCGCUUGAACUUCACCGCCGUAACAUCUUUGUGCUUGAAAAUGGUGCCGCGUGGAGGACUGGCUCGGCCUGCGCAUGGCCUUUUGUGGAGACCAGGAAUAAAACAAAUGUUCUCUCAUGGCAUAAAUGUGGACUUUUGGAACUGGG